CACUCACUGCCCUGAGGGACUCCCUGCCUCUCCUAUUGGUACAUACUUUCAUUCCACAACUCCCCGCCUCCCUGCCCUGCAACUCUCAGCAGCACCAGCAGCAGCAGAACCAGAACCCCACUGAGCUGGGAUCUCCCAGGAGCUGCUUGGCCACCAUUUAAUCAGCAGAAAAUUAACCAAUUAGCCCGGCCAUCUGCAGGGGGUUAAUUACAAACUGGGCUGAGAGGCACAUUCUGCUGGGGAAGCCACUGAGGAGCAGCAAUGAUGAUGAUCCAUACAAAGCCCGGGGCUGAAUGACCCAAUAUCCACACAGGAGACAGAAAGCUGCGUUUGGGAGCAAUGGGCCAUGCCUGCGCUAUGUAACUUCCCAUCCGCUCCAGAUAUUAGCGGUCCAGAACAUGGUUGCCCUGUACUAGCCAAACAUCCCGAGUCCAAACUCUCCCCCCUCUCACAGACUUGGAGAAAGUGAAUGCUGCCGGCUGCAAAGACUCAGCAGAAAUAGCUGCCCUCUGAUUGGUCACGUACUUUCCUUUUUUUUCCCCGUCUGAUAUUGAUUUUGAAUCUCAAAAUGAUUGAUCUCAGCUUUUUAACAGAAGCCGAACAAGAGGCCAUCCUGCGGGUGCUCAACAGAGACGCUGAGCUCAAGAAAGCAGAGGAGGAACGUGUCCGGCACCUCUAUGAUGCCGUCGAUGAUGAGAAUGAACUAAAAUACAAAAGCGGUCAAUGGUUUUAUGAAGCAAAGUCAAAAAGGCAUAGAGAUAAGAUCCAUGGAGCAGAUCUGGUCAGAGCGUCAAUGAGAAAAAGAAAAGCGCCACCGGCAACUCUAGCUGAAUUAAGUAGAAACUAUAAGGAAAACUCCAAGAAGAGCUGGGUCAGCAGUGUCAACAAGGAUGUGUUUAUUCCUCCAGAGCUUUAUGGAGUCAUGGAAGACCAAGAGGAGGAGCAAGGUGGCUUUGUGCCGGUGAAGAUUGAGCCCACGCAAAGUUCCAAAAGAGUGAGCUUCUUAUCCACAGACAAAAACAUGGAAAGUUCGAAGAACGGGAAUGUAUCUCCAUCAAGGCAAAGAAGAAAUCCAUUUAACUCUACCAAUGAGGGAGACGAUGACACAGAACUUGGAAAGGACACACACGAACCUGUAAACGGACCAGAAAGUGGAGACAAGGUGUCCUACCCAGAUGUCUUGCCCCCAAAAAUAAAAUUUGGUGUGAAGUUGCCUUACCCAGCACCAGGAGAAAUCAUCCGACUUUCAUCAACCUCUCCCAAUGCCUCUUUAACAAAUGGCGGACAGAUUCCAAUACCAAAGCCUAGAACAAUGCCACUGAAGAAAACGGACUCUCUAGAACGGUCUUCUUCUGACCUCAAAAGGGAGGAUUCCUUCGGUAGUUCUGGCAGACCUAAAAGCAUUUUAAAACGCAGGUCCAGUUCAAGCUCUACAGAUUCUGAAUCUAUAAGAUUGGCCCAGAAAGCUGAUUUAAACAAAAUUGGCUUGUCUACCCCCAUUCUGCAAGCAGAACCUGUUGAUGAGUCCCCAGACAAACUAAAGCAGGUGCGGUUCUCUGCAAAUGUUCACCAGAACCCUCCAUCCCCGGGGGGAGAGUCGGUCGGUGGCAAAGAAAUUGGUGAAUUUGGAAUUCUCGAGCCAGGUUUAUCCCAAGCUUCGUUGGAAAAUCGUGCAUCUUCUGAAGAUUCGGUGUCGGCCCCGAAGCCUUCUUCUAGUCUGGUUCUAGACAUCCUAACAAAGACCAUUUAUCGAAAGGGCUCAGGGGAAAUCCCAGACUUGAACGGGUCUCCAGUCGAAGGUCCUAGUUUAGGUGCAAACUCGGCAAGUCUUAACGAAGACCUGAACAACAUCAAAGAAGAUUCAUUUGUACAAGAAAACAAACCUGAAGUCAGUCUUGCACUGGAGGCAAAUGUCUCUUCAGAUAAUGAUCCUCUUUAUGCCGCGGUGAAGAAACCUUCUGGAUCCUUCUCUUCAGGUCUUUCCCAAGACUAUGAUAUGGAAGAUGCCCAUAAAUUCCUUGGCCAAGGAUGGAAGAUGCAAAACAGAGACAGAGGAGGACAAAAGCUGGUGUUUGGGACAAGCAGUGGUGGCAUUGGAAAAAUGAGCUUUGAAAGAGAUGAUCUUUCUAACAUACCCCAGCUAGAAAAUGUGCUGAGCUUUGAGGAAAAUAAGGAAAAUGAAGGGGAUUACCUGGAUGCUGAAGAGAAUGACAUGCCUGAUAUGGAAAGUGAGCCCGCUGAUGAGCCCACUGAUUAUUUUCCUGCAUGGAGGAGACCUUCCAUCAUCAUCAAUGAAAGCUUACGACAGCCGAUUACUGCCGACAAUUUAAGCAAAGAGCGAACAGAUGCCCCACAAACUGGCCACGGAAAAUUCCGUCAGCCUUCACAAGAAAGUGGAAUUCAGACCGACUCUGCAUACUCAUCUGAAGACCUCAAAGUGGAGAGCAGAUAUACACCUCUUAGCAUUAGGGAUGCUCAAAGAGUAGAGGAAGAUAAACCUGAUGGACUAAUGACCAACUUGUAUUCUGAAAGUAAACCCAAUGCAGUUGAGGGUACCGCAGACAAAGCAAAUGUCAGAUUUUUAGACCAAGGUGUAGAAGGAACAGGUUUACCCAUACCUUCGAAGUUUGAAACCAUGUAUUUUAGAGACAGGUUUAGUGAUGGCCCUAAGGAGCAGAUGCUUAACUCGGCACAAAGACCAAUUUGGAAUACAGAGGAAAAGAACAACCUUAAACUUAAUGCAGAUGUACCCUCAAGUACCCUUCUUAAAGAUACCCUCUAUAGCAAGAAACCAUUGCAUGUUGACCCUCAGCUCAAAAGCUCAAGUGAGAUUUCUCCAGAGUCUCUUCUACCGCAGAAUAACUAUGAGAUUCUUUCUGAGGAAGAGUUAACGUCACAGAAAGUAGCUUCAUGGUUAGCCCAGACCCCUUCCAUACAAGGUGAGGAGCAAAUAGAUCUGAUCGAAGAACACCUGUAUCCAGAGGAGCAGCAGAUGUAUCCAGCUGAAGAACAGAUAUAUGCAAAAGAAGAACAAGUAAAUCAAAGUGAAGAAGUUGGGGAAGUCGUUGAAAGGUCUACGGUUAAUCAUAAGUCAGGCGCGGAGGAGUUUAAGAAUGCACUAGAGAAACUUAAAGAGGAAAUGUCACAGGCUCCUCCUAUUGCUGAAAUGCAAAAUGUUUCAUAUGAGCAACCCAACAGGGGCAGUGUUGUUAUAGAGGCAGAUUCCAAAGCCACUGAGCCAUUUCCUUAUGCUGUUGAUAAAAAUCAGGAUAGGGCACCUACUGCUUACAGGUCUCUGCCAAAUAGCAGCUUUUUCCAACGUGUUAUGCAGAUAUCUCAGAGUAUAAACAAGGAGGCAUCUCCAGAUGAAGUGCAAAUGACUGAUCAACAAAAAUCUCCUUUACCGGAGCCAAUUAACCUGACUAAUAAUUUAAAGCAGGAGGAAGUCAUUAACGAUCUUACGCCACUGCCAAUGAAAGCUCAAACUGAUUAUGCUAGUCCCUAUGAUAAAAAUGACGUUGAAGAAAUACGUUCCCUAGAUUCUCAGGAGGUACGUGAGGAGGAAGUUGUUCAAGAAAAGGUUACAGCAGUGAAGGAUGCCUUCAGAAUUUCUUUGCAAAAACUUGAAGAGGAGUAUAACAUUGCCCUUGCCAGUGAAGCCCAAAUGACUCCAAGCUUUGAAGAGGGAGGUGAAGAAGGCCAAGUGCAGGAAUCUCCUUCACCCACUGUUGAACAGAGCGAGGAAGAGGUGGUACCUGAAAAGGUUCCAGUGGUGAAAGAUGCCUUUAAGGUUGCCUUGGAAAGACUUUCAGAAGAGCAUAACUCUGCUAUGGCCAGUGAUGCCCAGAUCACUCUGAGCUCUGGAGAAGUUAAUGAAGGCUACCUAUUCCAAGAAAGUCCUUCACCCACCGUUGAACAGAGCGAGGAAGAGGUGGUACCAGAAAAGGUUCCAGUGGUGAAAGAUGCCUUUAAGGUUGCCUUGGAAAGACUUGCAGAAGAGCAUAACUCUGCUAUGGCCAGUGAUGCCCAGAUCAUUCCGAGCUUUGAUGAAGGCUACCUAUUGCAAGAAAGUCCUUCACCCGCCAUUGAACAGAGCGAGGAAGAGGUGGUACCAGAAAAGGUUCCAGUGGUGAAAGAUGCCUUUAAGGUUGCCUUGGAAAGACUUGUGGAAGAGCAUAACUCUGCUAUGGCCAGUGAUGCCCAGAUCACUCCGAGCUCUGAAGAAGUUAAUGAAGGCCACCAAUUGCAAGAAUGUUCUUCACCCACCAUUGACCAGAGUAAGGAAUACGCAAAUGAGGUGGAAGAAGUUGUAGAAAAGAUGUCGGUGCCUGAUAAGUCAUACCAGGAUGAAUUCACUGCUGCUCUUAAUAAGCUUCAAGUUGAAGCAUCAGAACCAGCUUACACAACAGAGAUAUCCGAGCCUGCUAACGCACAUAUCGACUUCAAUACAGAAAUUUCCAGCGUUCAUGAAAACAGACCAGAUGAAGUUAAGACCAAUCUCUCUUCUCCAGUUUCUCAAAGUAUACCCUAUGAGACUGUAGAGAAUACAAAUGUAAGACUUACAAGUCCAGAUAAAGGAAGAGUAGAACGGCCACAUUCUGGAAAUUUUAGGGUUAUGACAUUAAAAGAAAGGAUUAGUGAUGGCAACGAGGAACAAAUAUCCAAUCCAGAACAGUUCCGGAAUUUAAGAAAGUUCUGGGAUACAGAAAAGAGAAGCUCUAAAGAACUUGAUGGAUAUUCUAAACUCAAUGCCCAGUUAAAGACUAAGGACAAUCUUAAGGACAAUCUGAGUGACACAUCUUCUACAAAAACUGCAAGUACUCUAAAUGACCUACAGGAGAGGGAUGAGAAUGUCUACAAGGACAUCUCAUCAAGGGAAUCAUCUUCUGUGGAUGGAGCAAGUGCUGCUGUUAUAGGGGAUAUUAUAGGAAAGGAUGCUGCUUCUUUGGAUCUCCAUCAACAUACAGACGAAGAGGAGAUUGGAGCUAGGGAAUGGAAUUGGGAAGAGCCGGAAAGCCAGGAUAAUCCUACAUUUAUUUCUAACAUGCCAAGCAGGGAUGUAGUUAUUUCUAAAAAGGUCUACUCCACUAUUGAAUCCCUACCAUCCUAUAAGGAUAAAGAGAACAACCUGGACAGGUUAACUGAACCCCAGGAACAGGGAUCUACCACACAAAGAAAGCCUCAGGACCUUUACUUUGCUGCUCGUUACGAAGUCCUGGAUAAAAACUCUGGCUCAGAUCAAUCUGGCUCUGUAACUGAAAGCUCGGGCAAUUUAUUAUAUAAGAAGCCAGAAAGUGAAUCGCCUGAUGCUUCAAAACGUAACUCCAUAGACCCAAAGCAAGGAAUUGAAGAGUCUGAUCCGAUUUUGAGGGCACUGAAAAGGAGCAGUACUAAAACGCUUCCUCCCCUACCAGUGCAGGAGGUUUCCCUUGAGAAGUCAAACCAAGACGACAUUACUGUUCCGAAGGAGGAUAGGGACCAUACCUACGAAGAGGUCCGUGCAGAUAAAGUCGUUCCGGAGAGAAGUCAUUUUUCCGAUCCAGAGAAACUAAAGCGACUGAGCCAAUCGGUGCCCUCCUUCCUCAAUGACGAUACUGAUGGCAGAGAGACAGAUUCAGCAUCAGAAAGCAGUUUUCAGCUUGGCAGACACAAGAAGAGCCCCAGUUCUCUAACCAAUCUUAGCGGCUCCUCUGGCAUGGCCUCCUUAUCUUCUGUUAGUGGAAGCGUCAUGAGCAUCUACAGUGGAGAUUUCGGCAAUGUGGACAUCAAGGGUAACAUCCAGUUUGCUUUAGAUUACGCCGAUAACCUGCAGGAGUUUCAGGUCUUUGUCAGCCAGUGCAAAGAUUUGGCUGCGGCGGACGUUAAGAAACAGCGAUCGGACCCCUAUGUGAAAGCCUAUCUACUUCCAGAAAAGGCAAAAAUGGGAAAGAGAAAAACGGGAGUCAAGAAGAAGACUUUGAAUCCUGUCUACAAUGAUGUUCUAAGGUAUAAAAUCAGCAAGAACGCUCUCUUGAGUCAAACGCUAAACCUCUCGGUCUGGCACCAUGACGUCCUGGGGCGCAACAGUUUUCUAGGAGAAGUGGAUGUUAACUUGGCAUCUUGGGACUGGAGUAAUAAGCAGAUGAACUGGUACCCACUGCAGCCUCGGACACCCGCUGCUGGAAUUGGGCUGGAAAACAGAGGGGAGAUGAAAUUAGCUCUGAAAUAUGUCCCAGAAGCCUUCACGGGUGCUAAGAAUGCUGGGACGGGCGAGGUGCAUAUAUGGCUAAAGGAAUGCACUAAUCUCCCCAUGCUUAGAGGAAACAAAAUAAACUCCUUUAUCAAAUGUACGAUCCUUCCUGAUACAAGUAGAAAAAGCCGCCAGAAAACACGGGCGGUAGACAAGACCCCGAAUCCCUAUUUCAACCACACCAUGGUUUAUGAUGGGUUCAGGAAAGAAGAUCUAAAAGAAGCUUGUGUGGAACUUACAGUCUGGGACCACAACAAACUGACCAAUCACUUUUUGGGAGGCUUAAGGAUAGGCUUAGGCACAGGUAAGAGCUAUGGAACCCCGGUGGAUUGGAUGGACUCCAAUGCGGCCGAAGCAACCACGUGGGAGAAAAUGAUCACCUCCCCGGAUACAUGGGUGGAAGCCAUACUGCCGCUCAGGAUGCUAAAGAUGGCUAAAAUGGCCAAAUAAUUGGCAGCAGCUUCUCUUUCCAGGCGUUCAUAGGCUAUAUUAGUACUAUUAUCGCUAAUCUACCCAAUAUCUAUGGUUAUUUGUAAAAUAUUCAAUCUAAACGGCAGCGGUAUAAUGCUGCUCUACACAGACCUCUUCUGAGCACUCUCUCUCUUAUGCAUUUAAUGUAUUUGUGAUAUUAAUGGGAUUCCAACUGAGUAUUCUAGUAAUCACUAUGUUUGUCACAGGGGAAAUAGGCUGAUUAGUAAUAGAUGUAUGAUUUUAGUAAAUGCAUAUUCUAUCAAAGGCGACUUUCCUCCAGAAAACCCAAACACGCUGCUAUUAUAAUGUUCUGGCACUCCUACGGUUCUAUGCACUCCUAUCAAGAACAAAACAACGGACCCUCCUGCUGCCUGCUGGCCCUACCACGUCUUGGGGCCCACGGACUUUACAAUAAAGUGUAUAGUAUUGGUAAAUAUGACUUGCUAAGAAAUACUUUACGUUUACAUAUCGGCAUGACCGGGCCGCUCGCUUUUGCGGAUGCCGAGCGGCCGAGAACGCUUUUUUUUAUUUUUCACGGAUUUGAUAUGCAAAGCGAAAAGCCUUUCACUCGAUGAAUAUAUAUGUAUAAUGGCUCCACGGGCGCUGUAUAAAGAUAAAUGUUAAUAAGGUUUAAAUCAUUUUAAAAUAAAAUGUAAAUAAAUGUUAAUUAUACAAAUAAAUUGAUUACUUCUA